CUGGCAUCAUUGGUGUGGUCUGUGGUGUCUAGUACUUUAUUUACUCUAUGGUGUCUGGUAUGGUGUGUGUUUUGAGUUGUGAGUAAUUAAUUGUCUUCCGUUGUGGACUUUAAAGUUUGUAGGUAUGAAUAUUUCAAUUGGAAAAUUGCUAGCUACUCAUGGAGGCAGAGACAAGUUUGUGCGGACAUUAUGUUAUGCGAGUCGAUUCUGUGCAACAAUAGUGCCCUCCAAGCAACUGGCGGAUAGCUUAAAUAGCAUCGGUAAAGAAAUGAGCGGCUGCAGGACAACACUUAGGUUAUUUGAUGAUAUACCAAUGCUGAAUCAUGUAUUGUCGUACGGCCUUGGGAAAGAGGACGAAGACUUGGUGGUGAGGAUACUGACCGUGGUCGGGAACGCGGUGGACGUGGUGUACUAUCCGUUUGAGCACGCGGCGUGGGCGGCCGACCACAGGCUCCUGUCCCUGGACAGUCGGCCCCUCUGGACCGCCACGUCCUUCUGCUGGGCCAUUUCCAUGUACCUGGACCUCCUCAAGUACUUGCGACACAUGGCGAUCAUUCGUCGCCACAAGUCCCGUGUCUCGAGAGCCGAUUGUGACACGAGGGCGGCCCUGACGACGCUGAUGGCCCAGCAGCGCAGGGAGCAGCUGGCCAUGUGCCGCUGCGUGCUGGACCUGAUCCACGCCGUGCACACCCUCCCCGAGGGCGUGCUGUGGUCGGGCAAGCUCAGCCCGCGCCUCGUGGCGCUCGUCGGCACCCUGUCCUCGCUGCUCGGCCUCUACAUGAUCCUGCCGAGCCGGGACAAGGUGGCGUGAGGGCGCCUUCCAGCCGGUGCAGGUCUGUUUUUUCACGAGUAUUGGCUACAUGGCUUGCAGCACAAACAUUGUCCAACCUUUUGUGGUGUUGAUCGUCACAGGCAUCUCUAGCCUGUGUGCAAACCUGGCGGCCCCAUACGCGCACAGUUCGGACUGUCAGUUCAUGACCAUCAGUUCCUACGUGACAAUGUUUUUUUUUCUUUUCACCCGAUGUGAACUGAACACUUCUUGUUCCAUCCUGACAGGUGGCAUGCGCCUGCCGGCCAAACUGUGGGGAUUCCCACUGUCCUAGCAGUCCCGACGAUCUGCUGGCCGGCAACCGCGUGAUUGUCGGUUUUGCCUGACAGGUCAGGUCAGCCCAUACACGCUCAGUUUAUCUCUCAGUUCAUCUGAUUCCUGAUCGGAAGAAAAAAACUGGAACGAUUAACUGAACCAAGGUGCAGCCACGCCUCAUUUUUUUCGUCCAGGUGCUUCAGUUGUGUCAGUUACCGUGUUGAACAUCAAAAAUGUGCGGUAUGGACGAAAAGAGAAAAUUUAUCAUUUUGCCUUUUGGUAGAGAGUCGAACAACUUUCUUCAGGCUUCUCUACUAAAAACAACAGUUCGUUAAAGUAAAAGAGUGAUGGUAUGUAUUCAGAAUCGGCUCCCUAUUUUUUUAAUUCUUUUUGAAAGCACGAAAUAAUGUUGCUAAUCUUUUUCGAAACGGAUUCAAGAGUUGUCUUAGGUUAAAUUGUUUUCAUCUUCUCGAUGAGAAGAUUGUAUGCUGCAGCAUUUUUAUUUUAUUGCUGUAGUCAGGAUUUUAUAAUUCUUAUUCGUGGCCAUUGCUACAGACAUUUUCAAUUAAACAAGCAAUAAAAACUUAACAAAGAAUGUAUGGAAAAAAAAAGGACUGUCUGUUUAUUGGUUGGAAUUGACAUCUUGGAGCUCAGUCCAAAGAACAGGAUGGCUGGACAUAAAAACCUAGGCAGUAGCUUCAGUUAUUGUACAGAUGAUGUCACACAGAUAAACUGGGCGUGAUAUGGGCCCCUUUAGGUCUACGUUCUUAUAGACUGGAAGUCCAAAAUUCUUGUAAUGAUUUUAUUGAAUGAUCAAUAGAUACAAAGUAGUUCGCAGAUGUUAGGUUUGAUAUAUUGGCACUGUAAGAAAGUGCAUUUGCAUUGUUUGUGCUCUAAGCCAGCGGUUCCCAAAAUGGUGUUCCGCGGAACCCUGGGAUUCCGUGAGUCGGGACAAAAGUUGCAUAAAGCAGACACAAUUAUUGUCAAAUAACUUUCUCUGAAGGAGUUGGGGUCCCGCCAAAAUAAAAGUCGAUCAUAGGGUUCCCUGGCCGGAAAAAAUUGGGAACCGUUUUUCUAAUUUGUCAAUUUUACUCAAUAUUUUAACUUACAAACUAAUGUAUUUUUUUUAAUGACAUACUUUGCUUUGGUAUUGAAGUUUUGAGCUGUCUUCACCUGUUAGGCAGACAAUCCACAGUCCUGUAUUUUGCAGACUUCUACUGAAAAAUGUGCUCUUGAUUUCCUGCAUGUUGAUUAUCUGAAAGCUUUUGUUCGUUCCGUCAAGACACGAGUCUUCCACCAGUUGUAUUCUUUGGUUGUUUGUUCACUAAAGUUAUUAUUUUCCUGAAUUAGCACUAGUUUAAUGUAAUACUACAGAUAAAAUUUAAUUGUUUUACUGUUGAAAUUCUUUCUAAUUAUGAAUAUGUUCAAAAUGUUUUACAAUACAGUGGAUUAUCUCUUAAUAAGCCUCUGUUCAGUUGAGUGCUAGUUAGGUGCUGGCGAGCGAUUUAAAGGGCAGUAUCAUAGCUGUCUCGCUCGCCUCUGUGUCCGAGACAGCCGGCAACCGGCUCAUGUAACCCACAUGAGAUAAAACUUUGUUCGUCAUUUACCUUCCAACCAGUUAUGUACUUUGAUGGGCUGCAAGGUUCCCCCCCCCCCCCCCCCCCCCCCCCCCCCCCUCAAGCUUUGCCAGCCAUUCUUUACCAACCUGUUUUUUCAUUUGACCUGUAACUUUUUGCAGACAAAACUGUAUGUAGUUCGUAAUUUAUUUUUAAAAAUAUAAAUUUUUUGUUCUCAAUAUCAAAUGUAAGAAAAAUGUAGUAACUUAAACCUCAUUAAUAAUGUUGCUGUCCAUCAUAAGUGUGUAUUAUCUAUAAUUACCUAAUUUAAUAAACAGAUUCACAUAAACAAGCUUUUCAAAAUAAUAAAUUUAAUGUUUUUACUUUAGUAGCUCACACAAGUUACAAAAUUUAUAACCUAAUAAGACCACAAGGAAAAAAAAAUUGUUUUUAAAUUGAAUAAUCCAACUUAAUGUUAUGUGCCUAAUGACAAAUAGUAGGUACUGAUAAAAAUAUGAACUAGUGGUAUUGUUACACCAAGUAAAAUGGUAAUUAAUAAGUGUAACAAGUGGUGUUAUUGAUCAGGUAAUAUGCGUUAUUAAUAUUUAGUAUCCACUUGGUCUGCAUUUUAUUACGACCUUAGUCAUAAAAUAAUGACAUUGUUUGAAUUUUGGAAAUUAAAUUUUUUGGCACUUUUAUUAAGUGUAGUUAAAAUUGUUUUAUUUUAUGACUUGCAUUUUGGUGUUAUUCUGGUUUUAUCACAAUCCUCCAAAAAUCUUGGUCCCUAUUUAGUUCAUAUUCAAGGUAGCAUAUUUUUCCAGUGUAUUAGUACAUGUUAACCAUGUUUGAUAAUGCAUUGUUCUGUCAUUAAAACUUUUUCUGUGUAUUUAUUCACACAAAUUCUGUUAGCCUUAGUUCAGGAUCACUGCGCAACUGUUUUCUUACAGUUAUCUUGUUUAAGUAGUGAGCACUCUUGUAAGAGUUCUGUUUACAAAUUUCCUUGGAAGCAACGUUGUUCAAGUUGAGAAGAUAGAAUAUUAAAAUAUUUGAUGAAAGAGUCUGCCCUGGAGACUUAAGUUGAUUAUGUAAUGAGCAUACUGUAUUAUGUAUGUGGAUUGUGAUUAUAACCGAUCAUGCUGAGAAAUUUCAGUUAGUUGAGAAUGAUUUUUCAACUUGCACGGAUAGGUAUGUUCUUGUAUGUAUAUAUGAUUGAGUACAAAUUUAUGUUUCAUAGAAUAAAACUUGUAAUUUGAUAAGAGCAAAGAAAUACACAUCAAAAAUAUUUGAAAUGGCAUAUUUUACAGUAGCAGUUAACAUGUAAUUUUAAUUUCAGAUUGUGCAUAAGUUAGACAAUAUGAUUUAAAUGUGGUAUGAAGCAAAUAUUUUUAUAGGUUUUUUUUUUGCCAGUGGUUUUGGGAUUUAUUUUUGGAUCAAGUUGAUUAAUAUGGUUGUGGAUGUUGAAUUAUUUUUAUCUUUGUAUGCUAUUAAUAUAGGUUGUGCAAUUUCAAGAUAAAAUCUUUUCCUGUAGUUUUUAAUAUUUAAGUUUUGACCAAAAAUAUUACAAAGUAGUUUUCAGUUUCUUAGCAACAACUUGAUGCCAUUUUUAAUAUUUUAUGAAUAUACAAUAAUGUUUUUACAUGCAAUAUAUGAAAGUACUGAACACAGACAUUCAUGAACAUGAAUUUAAAUAAUAAUAUAGGUAUAAUAGUCAUCAUCUUUGGAAAGGUACAAUGUAUUCCAAUAUUUUCCCAAAUUAUCUUCAAACAAAAAUACUGAUGAAAUGGAUGUAGCAAAUGUAUAUUGGAAAUGAAUUGCUUUGUGACUUUUCAAUCAGUUUUCAGGAGAAAUUGGAAUGCCUUUAAUAUUCAGUAGAACCCUUUGCCACAAUGACCAUAAACUUUUGUGCAAAGGUUCAAACAGGAAGGGGAAAAAAAACCCAAGACAUUUGAUCAUGGUAUUCCAAGCAUUGUUUCAAUGUGCUAGAUGACUGAAUUUAAUGUGUUGAGUAUGUUGUGAUGUACUCUGAUUUAUAUUAGUUCCUAAAUAAGAUGUUUAUUAUUAUGUUUUUGUGAUGUUGACUGGUCUUCAGACACCUGUAAAAAUUUUUUUUGUAAUGCUGUGCAAAUAGAACAUUAUAAAGCCUAGUACACACUUUCUUUGUGAGCCCAAAAAAAAAAUCUGUAUUCGAACUUUACCUAGUACUCUAGAAAAGACAAGCAGUACUACUGUGUGCUGCUUAUUGCCAAUGGGAACAAUAAUUUUUUGAUUAAAAUCUAAUACAGUACAACCCGGUUAUAACAUUCCCGUUUUUAACAUUUUCCCGCCUAUAACACCAUAAUUUCAUGGUCCCGUCAUUUCUCCAUUUAUCACAAUGCUUUAAUUUCCCGCCUGUAACAAUAUUAAAAUUUCUACAUUCCCGCCUUUAACGUUCAAAUUUGCUUUGAUAACUGCCACAAUUUGCAGUAUCCCUUCCUUCAAAGUCAUAAUUUAGAGCGAAACCAUAGCUAGAAAAUACAGCACGCAUAUACAAACAUCAGAUGUUUACAUUUGAGUAGUUCACCAUAGACGUGGUACACACGCACUCCACAACUUGCACCGGAUCGACUAUCAAUAUGGCGUCCUGUUCGCGCUUGUUAGCCUAUGACUUGUUCCUUUAUACUUAUGAUGCGCAUUUUGUGCACUGAUACAUGGUCGGAAACAGUGCUACUGUAGUCUAUGGUGCUGGUUUUUGUUUCAAAGGUUUAACACCUUGAGAUGGUUAACUGUUCUUUGGAUAUAUUCACGGCUUUUGUUUGUGGUUAACCUUUGCCGUAAUUAUUUUUUAAUUAUUGUAGUCACGGUCGUAUUUAAUUAAAAUACGCUGUAUUGAAAUUUUAUUCAGGUUUUUGUACGGCUAUGAUGGCCGAUAAAUAUAAGCGAAAAUAUAUUCUGUAGCUGAAAAAAUUCAGUUUAUUAACCAAGUGGACAGGAACCCCAACAAAACGCGUGUUGUGAUUGCAAAAGAGUUGAAUAUUUCUGUUUCGACUCUGAACUGUAUCGUACAAAACAUUUUUUUUUCUUUAGCAUAUUAUUAGGUAUUAUCUAUAAAUAAAAUUAACCAAUUUUCCACUCUAUUGCUGUACUUAGUGUAUUACUCCUGUAUUUUGUGUUGUUUUACCUAUACUUUUUAAUUUAAUCAAUCCACGCGUAAUUUUUACAAAGUGAAGAUGAUUUCCUGCUUAUAACAUUUUUUUAUGUUGGUCCCUUGGAGAAUGUUAUAACAGGGUUGUACUGUACAUUUAUUAAUUUAAGUUAUGAAUGGUCUUAAGUAAGCAUGGAGGAACAAUCAUAAUUUCUUUAACUAUGCAAUGAAUAAUUUACUGUCUACAUUGUACUUGCAUAAGAAAGAUACUGGUAAAAUAAAAACCAUCCAUGCUAGCAUGCUUGAUGGCCGUUCACAAGACUCAAGGUGUGUGCUGGGCUUAGACUGUGAAGUUUAGCUAAAUGAUAAAGAAUAUUUUUAUAUAGUAGAUACUAAGAUGUUAACCUUUUUUUGUUGAAGAAUAAAGUGUUUUAUUUACCUA